AUGUGUGCAAUUUCCAAGUGCGCUUUUCUCGCUGUCCUGUCUUGCCUUUUGGCGGUCGACUGUGCUUCUGUAGGACCGAUGCCAGCACUGAAUCACUUUCAAGACAUUCCCCAAGAACUUCAUCACAUAAAGACUAAGCAUCGAGUCAAGCGUACCUACAUCGAUGACAUGGACUGUGCUCCACAAGAAUUCGAAAUGGUGCACACGAUCAUGGACCGAAUUUGUCACCUGUGCCACGAACUCCACUCACACUUUGCUCCAAACACCCGUGUCGAGUGCCGUAAUAACUGUUUCCGUAACGAGCGAUUCCAGUCAUGCAUGAAGAUUUUCUCAGCCAAGAAGCCAGUUCAGUCUGUCGAGCCAACAGCCCCAGUUCCACUGUACAGCGAAGACGUGCAAACGCUGGAUGACAUCAAGGAGAGACGGCGACGAAUCUGA